AUGUAUAUUCGAGCCAUCAAAGCCCAAACAACAGAAUCUGCUUAUGACAAACAAGAGUCGAUACUCAAUGUACCUCAAUUUUUGGAUGCUCGUAAGUUUGAAAUUAAUGCUUUUGAAGAAUCACAGCUCAAGAGCAAAAAUGCUAUGGCCACAAGAUGUUUCCAAGCUUUGCCUCGUGCGAUGAGACGGAGAGCGGCAUCUCAUCAUGUUUCGAGGAUUCCAAAGAGGUUGCGACGCAAAGCGAUUCGUGAGAUGAAUGGUGCCAAUGGUCCCCCGCAAAAACGUCUGCCUCGAGGGAGGCAGUUUUUUAAGCUCAUGCAAAAGUAUAGGGUAUUGAAGGCUGCAUCUAAACUCAGGCAAGAUCGGCAAGAGUUUAACCCAACUUUAAAGCAUGGUAAUGUUAGGAAAUAUAUCAGGAGUAUAACGAGGGAAUUGUAUACACUACGAAAAAAUGAUCACCAAAAGCGCUUUCUAUUGAACAAUUCUGCUGGAGCAGUUGAUAGAGCUUUUGCUCUAGGUACCGCCCUUGGUGGUGGUAGUGAUGGUGGUAGUGAUGGUGUUGGCUUUGGCUUUGGUGGCAGCGGUGAAAAAGGAGGUUUUACUGGAGUUGAUCCUGCCAUGGCUGCAGCUGGCAAAUUGGCCACCCCGAGCUUGGGAGGUCUUAAAUAUAGAAGUCGACAGAAGGAAUUUGUAUGGGUUCCGACGCAUGUUUGGCAUGCAAAGAGAUUUAAGAUGUGUAAACAAAAUGGGUUUCAAAUUCCAUUCACACCAACUCAAAAAUGCUUCAAAAUGAUGAAUAGACAAAAUCGGUAUAAAACGGUAUGUUUCGAUACAUCGUAUUACGCUACGAUGGUUGUAUCCACAACUGUAGCGGCUACGUCUACGACUACGACAGCGGCAUCUCCAUUAACUGCUCAAGGCUUAGGGUCAAAACUCGACGACGUUACCUUUAGUAAAAUCCUUCAAAGUUUAUUAAAUAGAAACGGCCCCAUUCCUAAAUCUAUAAUACAGGGCAAAAAAUCUUACGUUGGAUGGAUAUACUGGAAUGGAAAGAGAAUUGCGCCUGGUUUGGUGUUUGUCAAUAGAAUGUGUGGACAAUUGCUUAUUCGGAUUCCAAACGAGACUUAUACGUUUUUCUUUGAGCAAUUCAACAAGGCGAUUGCUAAUGACGAAAUUAAAGCUCGAACCGUGGACUGCAGAUAUUCCAUAGGUGGCAUUGAUUUGUCGGGACCAAGCGGUCUACGAAGUUUGAGUAAAGUUUUCCACAUGAAAAAUACAUCACAGGAGAUGUCCAACAUCUGGUCCUCACUAUCAUCACUGAGUGAUAAUUCCUUAAUCCCAGUGGGGACAACUCUUUCAUUUAGCAUCUAUGAUCCAAGAUUAUGGAAAAGACCAACGAAAUUACCAAUAAGAAACAGUGUCGAGAGCAUCUACAAUGUUUUGAUGAAUUUGAAUGCUGGUCUGACCAUUGACCAUACAACUGCGAAUUCUUUGAUGACUUCACAAGGAAGGCAAGAUUCUUACAAAGAUCAAUUGACCAUUAAGGAAUUGGGAAAGAUAUUUCGUUACAAUACCGACUUUUCCAAAGUGCUGCAUAGCACAAUCCCGGUGAUAUUGAUCAAGACCGAGCCGCAGCGCUGGACAGUAUUGUGUCCGUGGUAUUGGGUUCUUCCUAUAUGGCUUCAGCUUGUUAAGGUUCUGGAUGUCAAGCCUGGUGGAUUAAAGCAAAUGCAGCAAUUUAGUUUUGAGCGAAAGCAACCUGUGUUUCCCAGAGAUUAUUUAUGGUUACCGGAAGGCUGGAAAUACAAUAAUAUAGCAGGUGAUUUAGCAAACGCGUCGGAUUCGAGAAAGCCAAAGAACGUGGUAAAAUUACAAGAUUCUGAGAAUCAAUUCUCUCAAGUUUUCAACGCGUACAAGGCUGACUGGUUUACUUUGAGGAAUUUGCUUUUCUUGUUAAAGUAUAGAAAACAAAUCAUGUCACCUGAUGGGGUAAUUGAUAAUCCUCUUGAUGACCCCGAAAGGAAACUAGAAACUAUUGACGAUGUGAUAGCAAUGACCAAGUUUUUGAAGAAGGAGCAAGAGCUUUGUCCCGAGUCCAUUCCUAUUAACAUUUAUGGUGGUAAGAAAAAAAAGGAUGAAAAUGGACAUGAAAAACUACUUUUCGAUGGAAUGGAUCAUGUAGAGUCCAUUCCCAAAAUCAUACUUACAAGCUUACCUGUUGUUCAAGUCUGUGUUCAGGUCACCAGAGAUGGCGUAAUUGAAGACAAUGCUAGACUAUAUGCUGUUCCUAAUAGCUCUGAUGUGAAUGCAAUUGGGUUUGUUACAACUGGUGGAAUGAAUUUAAAUGUGGGCAAAUGCACUGGGAAUGGCUGCAUCAUUGCAAUAGAGAAGUACAUGAAUAAAUCAGUAAAAACCAUUUACGUGAGGAACCCCGGCAAGUCCAGUAUAUAUGCUUGUACAUAUGAAUUAGUUGAUGUUUAA